GCUAUAACUUCUUUUCAUUAUCAUUUUGAUACUAAUAUCAAUCAAGUACAUUACUGGCUGGAUGAUAUUCAAUGUACUGGACAAGAAAACUGCUUAAUGGACUGUGAGCAUGAACGACUGGGUGUUCACAACUGUGCGCAGCAUGAGAUAGCGGCUGUCAUGUGCAACGGCACCGAGCAAGUUUACACCGUGAACACCCUACCCGCUGCGGGACAGCACAUGGUCCAUUCAACUGGUCCUCAACAAAUAGAUUAUGCAUAGAGCUGUUGCUUACAGUGAAGUCGAGAGAUAUCUCUGCAUGGCUGAUGUAUUUGAUCUUGAAGCAAUGAAUGAUCACCGUGGAGUCGCAUACUGGACGAAAAGCCACAGAAAGGUAUGAUUGGGGAAUCAAUGAUGAUGC